AUGAUACGGCGGCAGGCACGCCAACGGAGAGACUACCUCUACCGUCGCGCGCUCACUCUCCGCGAUGCUGAGGUGGCCGAGAAGAGAGCCAAGCUGAAGGCUUCCUUGGCCUCAGGAAAGCCGCUGGACGCCAACAUCGCCAACGACAAGCAGUUGCGACAGGACUACAAGUACGAUGAAUCGCGAGCCGACCGAACGACUGAAGAAGAGCUGGAGCUGGACGACGAAUACAGCUAUCUCUCAGGCGUCGUCGAUCCACGAGUCCUAGUCACCACUUCUCGCGAUCCCAGCAGUAGACUCUCUGCCUUCGCGAAAGAAAUCCGUCUUCUCCUCCCAACCUCGAUUCGACUCAAUCGCGGUAACUUGAUCUUGCCCAAUUUGACAGCAAGUGCAAAAUCGAGCGGCCUUUCAGAUAUGAUUUUGCUUCAUGAGCACAGAGGUACACCCACAGCGAUGACUGUCUCGCACCUCCCCCAUGGACCCACUGCUUCCUUCAGCUUGCACAACGUGGUGCUGAGACACGAUAUUCCAAACGCGUCACGAGGCACUGUCAGCGAAAGCUACCCCCAUCUUAUCUUCGAGGGCUUCACGACACAAUUAGGAAAGCGUGUGGUCAAGAUCCUGCAGCAUCUCUUUCCUCCUCGUGAUGGCGGCAAAAACCUUGGAUCAAGAGUCAUCACUUUCAAAAACAUCGAGGACAGUAUUGAAGUCAGGCAUCACGUAUUUGUCAAGACUGGAUAUCAGAGCGUUGAGUUGGCUGAGGUCGGACCGCGCAUGACGAUGCGACUGUUCGAGAUUCGCCAGGGCACAUUGGAGAAGAAGGACGGCGAUGUUGAAUGGCACAUGAAUCAAUACACCAGGACGAGCAAGAAGAAGGACUACCUAUGA